GGGCGCUCUUUAUUUUCUGACAUUUAAUUUAUUUCUUACGCACAUGUUUAAUUUGUGCUUGUUUCAUUCAUUGAUUGCCGUCGACUGCCAGAAUCUUAUCCGUAUAAACUAAAGAAUGUCAGAACAGAUGGAGACACAAGCAGCUAUAGUACCAGUGAAUGGAGAUGUCGGACAGGGAGACGGACACACAGAGAAGAAAGCCAAGACAGUAGAUAUGACGUCCAAGGACUACUACUUUGAUUCUUACGCUCACUUCGGUAUCCAUGAGGAGAUGUUAAAGGAUGAGGUGAGGACGUUGACCUAUCGCAACGCCAUGUAUCACAACAGACACCUCUUCAAAGGGAAGACGGUGCUUGAUAUCGGAUGCGGGACUGGAAUCCUCUGUAUGUUUGCUGCCAAAGCUGGCGCCGCUAAAGUCAUCGGGAUUGAAUGCUCAAGUAUAGUUGACCAUGCAGAGAAAAUUAUCAAGGCAAAUAAAUUGGAUCAUUUGAUAGAGAUUGUAAGGGGUAAAGUAGAAGAGGUCACUCUACCGACAGAGAAGGUUGAUAUCAUCAUCAGUGAAUGGAUGGGCUAUUGUCUUUUCUAUGAAUCCAUGCUCAACACAGUUCUCUUCGCUAGAGAUAAAUGGCUCAACAAAGAGGAUGGUUUGAUCUUCCCUGACAGAGCUACGUUACAUGUAACAGCCAUAGAGGACAGGCAGUACAAGGAUGAGAAAAUCAACUGGUGGGAUAACGUAUAUGGAUUUGAUAUGAGCUGUAUCCGUGACAUAGCUAUCUCAGAACCUCUGGUGGAUGUCGUGGAUCAUAAACAGCUCGUCACAAACUCUUGUCUCAUAAAGGAGAUCAGCAUGUAUACCGUGAAGGUUGAAGAUCUGACGUUUCAAGCUCCCUUCCAGCUGAUGGUCAACAGAAACGACUACAUCCAGGCCUUAGUCACAUACUUCAACAUUGACUUCACAAUGUGUCACAAGCGGACUGGCUUCUCAACCUCCCCUGACUCACACUACACACACUGGAAACAGACUGUGUUCUACUUGGAUGACUACAUCACAGCUAAGAGAGGAGAAGAGCUCUACGGAACAUUUAAGAUGAAACCCAACGAAAAGAACAACCGUGAUCUGGACUUUGAAAUCGGUGUGGAGUAUUCUGGAGAACUGUCAAACAUCAAAUCCAACUUCGUCUACCACAUGCGAUAGAUGACGCCAAGCCUCGUUAACGAGAGAUUCUUCGCCUACCACAUUUGAUAGAUGACGGACGCUAAGCCUCGUUAACGAGAGAUUCUUUGCCUGGUCACGGAGGAGAGAAUGAGUGUAAGGAGACCCAUUGCGGACUCUGAUUCUGGACUCUCAAUGUAUUUCAUAGAAGUGAUCACCAAAACCUGCCCAAACAAAACAUCUAGAUUUGUAAACAAGACUUUUUUAAAUUAUGAAGAGCAGGAAUAUAUGAUGGUAGUCACCCUUUUUACUGGUUCUGCAUCUUUUAUCAUGCAUUAAUUGAAGAAAUUGUGAUGUUGUCAAUGGAACUAUGACUUCUCGCUUGUUUUUUGAGAAUCUCUUCAACAGAAAUAAUAAUGGAGUGUAAUUAAGUUGGACACAGUUGGCUUGAAGUCACAAAAAUGAUUGACUAUUCCAAACCACACUCCCCACAGAUAUCUUCGCAAUUUACGUCAACAGGGUUCAGCAUCAGCAGACAUCCAGGACACAUGGGCACCCAAAAUCUAAGUCCAGACUCCCAAAAUUUAAUUUAAAAAAGUGAAUGUGGAGCACUGCAUUAAAGAUUAUCAGAGUCUU